AUGACCAUCAUUACUUAUUUAAGAUCACCACAUCGGGAGGCACCCUCACCACUGACGACGUAUUGGCUCCUUGGACACAAAGGUGCUAUGUUAUUACUGUACACCCUAGGCUUUUAUGCCUCCCUCAGCCUGGUUGCCCCUCAGGGCAACUUCCCCAGGCUCGAGAACAUAGGGGCAUAUAAAUCUGUCAGCACCACACCGACAAGGGCCACGUGUGGCAUCCCUGAUAGAAGUGCUUUCUGCCAAGCCGGCCAGCAACGGGAGGAUCUUCUCACUUGUACACAGAAGUUCUGCAUUCAAGAGUGUCCAUAUCGCUCCUUUAUACCAGAUUACACCAACCUCCUCGCCACCCACCUGGGCACAUGCUGGAAGGGCGAUGCACAGGACCACCGCCCAGGUGCAGAGGCCAGUUCCACCAGCUUCAUCUUUCCUAACCCAAGAGAUUGUUUUAUUUCCUCCUCAACUCUAAAACUGGGUCCAGAAAGCUCGUUUACUCUAACAGUGUGGCUGAAACUUGAACAAGACACUGUAAUGACUUUACUUGAAAAGAGCACUGUGGGAAGUCUGGUGCUGCUGGUGACAGUCUCAUGGGAAGACGUUAAGCUCCACUACGGCAUUCAGAGCAGACAUAAUAAGUCCAUAAGCAUGAAGACUGCAGGUCACAUUAGCAUAGGCGAGUGGACACAUUUGGCUCUUCAGAUUCAUAGCACAAGUGUGAGCUUGUUCCUGAAUGGCCUAGAGGAAGAUGGCACAGCGCUGGACACACAAACCCUGGCAGGCCUGGUUGAUGACAUCACCUUAGAGAGUGCUCUGUGGAUCGGGAGGAGUUCUAACGGGUCAAAUCAGUUCAUUGGAAGGAUGCAGGAUUUUAGAUUUUAUCCAAAGACAUUAACCAACAGAGAGAUUGAAGAGGUGUACACUGGACAACUGCCCCACCUCCACACCCAGUCAACAUGCCGGUGCCCCCCCAGCCACCCAAGAGUGCACCCCCUUGUGGAGAGGUACUGCAUCCCCAAUGCAGCCAAUGACACCACCCAGAACAAAGUGCUUCGGCUGAACCAGGAUGCUCACCCACUGCCGUACAUAAAUGACAAUGACAUCGGAACCACCUGGAUCUCCUCUGUCUUCCCCAGUUUAGAGCUGCUCGAUAAAGGAAUUACCAUCACCAUAGACCUAGAGAAUGGACAGUACCAGGUUUUCUACGUGAUUCUCCAAUUUCUCAAUGCCCAGCCUGAAGUGGUUCACAUUCAAAGGAAGGCGACCGGGAGCUUGGAAUGGAAAGACUGGCAGUUCCUGGCCAAGAACUGUAGCUACUUUGGGAUGGAGGAUAACGGGCCUUUGGAUCGUCCAGAUUCUGUAAACUGUCUGCAGUUGCCCAGUGAUAUGCCUUACUACCGUGGAAAUAUCACCUUCAGCAUGCUGACCCCUGAGCCGAACCCGCGACCAGGUUACAACGACUUCUACAACAGCGCUACCCUGCAGGACUUUGUAAGAGCCACACAUGUGAGAAUCCACCUGCACGGCCAGUACCACACUCAAGAGAGUGCGGUACCUUUCCGCCACCGCUACUACGCAGUGGACGAGAUCACCAUCAGUGGCAGGUGCGAGUGCCAUGGCCAUGCAGACAGCUGUGACACUAGUGUGAGCCCGUACCGCUGUGCCUGCCUCCCAGAGAGCCACACACAUGGAGCUAAUUGUGAGCGCUGCUCUCCUCUCUUCAAUGACAAGCCCUUCAGAGCUGGAGAUCAGGUACAUGCAUACAACUGCCGCCCAUGCCAGUGCUACGGCCAUGCCUCUUCCUGCCACUACAAUAGCAGCCUGGAUCCUCACCCUGGAGAGCACUUCCAUGGGGGUGGAGGGGAGUGUGACAACUGUACACAUAAUACCACAGGGAGGAACUGUGAGCGGUGUCUGAGUCUGUUCUACAGGGAGGUGGGUGCACUAUUUUGGGCCAAGGAUGUGUGCAAACCAUGUGAGUGCCACAAUGCUGGGACUGUCAGUGGCAGUUUGGAAUGUGAGCCGAUCGGGGGGCAGUGUAAGUGCAAGCGACAUGUGUCUGGCAGACAGUGCAAUCAGUGCCAACACGGAUUCUACAAGCUGCAGUCGGCGCUGGCUGAUGGCUGCCGCGCCUGUAACUGCAAUACCGCAGGGACCAUGCAGCCACAUAUUACCUGUCACCAGGACUCAGGUCAAUGCCAGUGCAAGGCAAACGUAAUCGGUCUAACCUGUGACCGCUGUAACUACGGCUUCAAAUUCCUCAACAACACAAACCCUGACGGCUGCGUUCCCUGUGACUGCAACCCGCAUGGAUCUCUGCACCAGUUCUGUAACCCCUUCACCGGCCAAUGCGAAUGCAAAGAUGGCAUGCAAGGUCUCCUCUGUGACACUUGCAUCCCUCACUUCUACGGUCCAAACAUCAGUGGAGUCUGCCUGCCCUGCAAAUGCAGCUCAAACGGAUCCAUUCCUGGGACCUCCUGUGAUCCGGUAACCGGACAGUGUAAGUGCAAACCUCAUGCGCAGGGCCGGCGAUGUGACGUGUGUCGGGAUGGUUACCACAGCCUGGACCACAGCAACUCUUUGGGCUGCCUGCCUUGCCAGUGUGAGCUCAGAGGCACUUUGAAUGGCUCAGGUGUGUGUGAUAAAACCACUGGGCAAUGUGCAUGUAAGAACAAUGUAGAGGGGCUACGGUGUAAUCGAUGUGUCACUCAUACCUACAACCUGAGUUCUGCCAACAUGACACAUGGAUGUCAGCCAUGCAACUGUGACCCCCUAGGCACCGUGCCUUCAACUGUGUGUGACCCCACUAGUGGUCAAUGUGUUUGCCUGCCCACCCGCUAUGGCCAAUACUGUGGAACCUGUAAACCAGGUUUCUUCCUGUCAGAUGAGGGGCUGAGCGAGUGUGAAGUGUGUGAAUGUCACUCGGUGGGAGCAAUUGGGCAGGUGUGUGCUGCCCACUCGGGCCAGUGUGUUUGCACUCACCCAUCACUGACCGGUCGCAGAUGUGACCAGUGCCAGGAUCUCUUUUUUGGCUUUAAUCCAAGUGUUGGCAGGUGUGAGCCAUGCGGAUGUGAUCCUGUUGGGGGAUUCAAUGGCUCAUGCCACCCCCAGACAGGGCAGUGCUUGUGCAAACUGUUUGUGACGGGAAACAAAUGUGACACCUGCAUGGAGGGAGCAAGUCAAAUGGAUCCAAACAACUACCUGGGCUGCAGCAAAGAUCCCCGGCAGCAGCCUCCUCCACUUGGCCAGGUUCUGAAUUCCACAGCCAUAGAGCUCAGUUGGAGAGCACCUGACUCACCCAAUAGCAACGCCCUGACGUACAUGCUGCUCAGAGAUUCAGAGAUCAUUCAUACCAGCUACAGUGAGCACCCAUUCGGGACCAUUCUUUACACAGACACUGAUUUGUCUCCUUACACAAUGUACUCUUAUCAGCUCAUAACUAGCAAUGCCCAUGCUAAUACUAGCAGUACUGUUGUCAGCUUGCGUACCCUGUCUCCUGUACCGAAUCAAGAGGACCUCCAGUUAACCCUUGUGGGUCGAGCAAGGCCCACCAGUGCUUCGUUUAACUGGACAGAACUCCUGAACACUACAGGCCCAGUGGAGAGCUAUACCUUGAGCUCGAUACAGGAUCUGACUGGAAAGGAGAGGAUUCACUACACAGGACUUCAAACAGAGGCUACCGCUGAAGAACUGCAACCCUUUACUCGAUACAACUUCAGUCUGCAGGCUUGCACUAAUGGAGGUUGUGCUCACAGCGAGAUUCUAAUCGUGCUUACUGCUCAGAUACCUCCACAGCAGCAGCCUGCACCCCGGAUCACAACCGUAGGGUCUACAAAACUCAAGGUGGAUUGGGAACCUCCAGCAUUACCCAAUGGAAUAAUUAUCAGAUAUGAGCUCUUUAUGCAGCAGUUAAAUGAGUUGCAGGGAAAUGGCACCAGUCACAAUCCAGAGCAAAGGGUUUUCCUCAGCAGUGGUUGGCUGAACCCAUGGCCGUCAACAAGUUCGGCGAAUGAGAACGCACUAACGCCACCUGAGAGCAGCACACUGGUGUCAAAUCUAGAGCCCUUUUCCACCUACCACUUUAGAGUGCUUACAGUUAAUAUGGCCGGCAGUACCCUGUCAGAUUGGGCCAUGGGGCGCACCACGGAAGGAGUGCCAGAGUAUAUGCCUCCUCCUCAAGUAUCGCCUGUGUCCUCGUCCUCGCUAAGAGUGAGCUGGGAGACGCCACAGGACAAAGACGUCAGGGGCGAAGUGACUGAGUACAGAGUCAACCUUCACCAAAAACAAAUGUCCAACCCAUAUGCUCCACUUAUAGUAACACAGGUGCUGUACAGCGGCUCAGCGCAGGAACGGAGCUACACUGCAGGAGGACUGAAGGCCUAUGAGGAGUACAGCUUUACUGUGACUGUGUGUAACAGACAGGGCUGUGUGAGCAGUCUGCCUGGGUCAGGCCGAACUCUGCCCUCCGCUCCGGAAGGUCUGAGAGCCCCUGCAUUAAGGCCCUUGAAUAUGACUGCAAUAAAGGUUUCUUGGGAUGCCCCGGCUAAGCUGAAUGGGCCUCCACCUUUGUAUCAUGUGGAGCGGACGGAUGUGUCUUUGUCGGAUGCCCAGGGCCGAGUAAUAAGAGGGAGACGCUUCACAGGAAGUGGCUACUUCAGAUUUCCUAGCUCAACGCUGCCUGUCAACACUGACUUUACAGGCUUGCAGCUGAGUUUCCGGACAUGCAUAGAGGAGGGGCUUAUCCUGUUUGCAGUUUCCCCUGGAGAACAAGAAGAAUAUGUCGCUCUGCAAAUGCACAAGGGCCGUCCGUAUUUCCUCUUCGACCCUCAGGCCUCAGCCGUGGCCCUCAGCCCUCACAACGACGGAGGGAGACGUUAUAACGACAACCAGUGGCACCAUCUGAUCGCUACCAGGAAACAGGCCGUGGGAACAAUCAUUGUCGACAGUCAAUACAGUGGAUCGUCAUCAGCCACAAGUGGAAGUACCAUCAUCGGUCAGAACACGGGUGUCUUCGUAGGAGGCAUUCCAGAGAAUUUCACCAUUCUAAGACAAGAUGCCGGUUCAGCAAAGCUGGUGCAGCAGGGGUUUGCUGGGUGUUUGAGAGAUGUGCUGGUGCAGAAAUCCAGUGGCACCUCUGAUGUGUGGGAACCGCUUGACUGGGACUUAUCACUAGAAAAGCAUGAGACCUAUGAAAGUUGGGAGGGCUGUCCCGCUGCCUCUGAACAUGGGGCGUAUUUCCUAGGACAUGGGUUUCUGAAAGUCAAGCCUGAAAUUUUCACUGGUGGAGAUUACUUUGAAAUAUCAUUUGAGUUCAGAACUGAUCAGCUAAAUGCACUGCUAUUUUUCGCCUACAAUAUUGAUGGGAAAGAUUUUAUUUUGGCAGAGCUUCAGGGUGGAGUUCUCUUCUGGGUGUUGCGUUGGGGUGAGCAGAUGGUAGAGCUGAGUGUAUGGGUGGGCCUGUCCUACUGUGAUGGAGGCUGGAACACUUUGAGUGUGCUGAAGAGAGGGGCAUUAGCCAGCGCUGGUCUCAAUGAUGUUUAUGAGCAGGAACGAAAGGCCAUGGGCGGCCCUCUGACCAUCACGUCUCCAAUGUAUCUGGGUGGAGUCCCACCCAGAGUACUGCACCCAGCCCUGAAAAAACAUAGCCUUCUGCAUGGUUUUGGUGGCUGCAUCAGGGAUGUUAGAUUCGCACGCGGGCCUGUCGUAAGCUUGGCGGCCGUGUCCAGCAGUGCUGUCAGAGUCAAUCUGGAUGGAUGCCUGUCAGCUGACACCAGUGUUAACUGCAGGGGAAACGACUCCAUUCUGGUAUACACGGGCAGAGACAGGAGCGCAGAGGACCUGACACUGCAGCCCUUCACGGAGUAUUUGUACAGAGUGAUGGCAUCGGGAGAAGGUGGUUGGACAGCCGGUCCAUGGCAGCGGGGUCGCAGCAGAGAUACAGUUCCACAAAGUGUGCUGCCUCCCUCCAGAGUUGGGAGUGUAAAUGGUUCCAGCAUGGAGGUGAGCUGGGAGGAGCCGGCAGAGGUCAGAGGUGUAAUUGAGAAGUACGUACUGAAAGCGUACAGCCGGGACCGUCCCUCCUCGGCCCCAAUCAACGCCACUUUCCCCCACUCUCAGCACCUGACAGGCAUUUUAAGUGGCUUGGCUCCUUUUAGCAGCUACAGUAUUACCCUAACGGCAUGCACUCAGGCCGGGUGCAGCGAGAGCCCGCUCGCCACCAGCUUCAACACUCCACAAGAGGCUCCUGAGGAGGUUUUACCACCUGCUGCGAUUUCAUACCCCAGCUCUCUGUCUGUGCAUUGGGACCCUCCACCCAAACCUAACGGUAUCAUCACCCAGUACAUCCUCUACAAAGAUAAUGCUGUUGUGUACCAAGGCAACAGCACUAGCUUCAAUAUCACAGGUGUUGGUGUGUUCACUCCUCAUAAAUUGCUGUUGAGUGCCUGCACUGAGGCAGGCUGCACAAACAGUUCCCAGAUCACCCUGUUUACGGGUCAGCUGCCUCCUACUCAUGUAGAGCCCCCUGUCCUUACUGUGCUGGGUGCACGCAGUAUCCACAUCCAGUGGGCUGCUCCAAUGGAGGUGAACGGCCUGCUGGAGUUCUACACACUGUUCCAGUCUGCUGUAGGAAAGGAGCCCACCAUCGUGUAUAACAGCUCAGAGCUUUUUGAGGAUUAUACAGUACGGAACCUCGUCCCUGGGACCUCCUACCUGUUUCAAAUAGCAGCGUGCACGGGAGGAGGAUGCACCCUCAGUGACCCAAGCGUAGCCCACACUGAGGAGAGCUCACCAGAGGAAGUGUCUGCCCCCAGCAUCCUGUCACUCUCUCCACAUUCUCUCAAUGUGUCCUGGACCCCCCCUCUCAAGCCCAACGGUGUGAUCUCCAGCUAUGGUCUUUGGAUGGAUGGCACGCUGGUUCAGAACUCUUCCCUGAUGAGCUUCGAGGUGGGCGAUCUGUCCCCAUGGAGCCUCCAUAGUUUCCGUGUGCAGGCCUGCACGGCUCAGGGCUGCGCUCUGGGGCCCUUGGUUGAAAACAGGACUUUAGAGAUGCCUCCUAGUGGUCAGGUGACCCUUCACAUUCUCAGCGAGAUGCCACAUUCGGUGCGAGCCAGGUGGGAGGCCCCAGCUAAGCCCAAUGGCAACCUGACCUACACAGUCCUCUUCACUGGGCCAGGUCAGAACUUCAGCAGUGCCGAAGCACCAGACACAGAGACAAGAGAGCUGCUUAGCACUGGUAAAGCGGGCCAGUGGGUUUUCAUUGGAGGACUGCUGCCAUAUUCUAAUUACAGUGUCCUGGUGAAGGCCUGUAACAGUCAGGGCUGUGUGAAGAGCUCGCCCACCAGCGUCUCACUCCCACCAGGAGCUCCAGAUGGCCUCCUGCCCCCCAGGCUGGCAGCUGCCACCCCCACCUCGCUGCAGGUGGCCUGGGCUGCUCCAGCGCGCCACAACGCUCCUGGACCUCUGCGCUACCGGCUCCAGAUGAGGAGUUCAGCUUCCCAGCAAGUCCACCAGUUAAUGGACAAUGAGACGACAGUGUUUAGUCACGUGGUGAAGGAGCUGGAACCAUUUACUGAGUAUCACUUCAGACUGCUGGUAUCCAAUAGCCACGGAGAAGCUAGCAGCCCAUGGGUCUCUCUUUUUACUGCAGAAGACAGCCCUGGAUCAGUUGACCCACCUGUACUCUCAGACAUCCAGGCCAGAAGUGUGUCUGUCUCCUGGUCUCUUCCAUCCCAACCCAAUGGCAUCAUCACCCAUUAUAACAUCUACCAAAACAACCAGCUAAGUACCAGUGUGCCAGGGAACAGCACCAGCCACACCCUUUUCCAGCUAGCACCAUACCAGCAGUAUACCAUACAGGUGGAAGCCUGUACAGCAGCUGGCUGCACUCUGUCUGCUGAGUCCCACACCAUCCGUACCCGCCCGGCCCCACCAGAAGGUGUCCCAGCCCCGCAACUUUACUCCGACACACCCACCUCAGUGCUCUUGAGCUGGGCACCACCGCUUCGUGCCAAUGGGGAGCUGGAGGGCUACUCCGUGGAGAGGAGGGUCAUUGGCACACAACAGAUCUCCACUGUGGCCACUGUGUUGCCCAAUCAGACUCUCACUUUCUUGGACAGCUCAGCCUCGCUCAGCCCCUGGAGUACUUAUGAGUACCGUGUUGUGGUGAACACACAUCUGGGUGGAUCCAAUAGUAGUGAGUGGGAGAAAGUCACCACCAGACCUUCACGACCUGCAGGCCUGCAGCCACCCUAUGUACUGGUGUUGGGACCAGAGUCAGUGCAGGUUACGUGGUUUUCUCCACUCAUACCCAAUGGAGAAAUUGAGCGGUAUGAGAUCCGCAUGCCCAAUCCACGUAUCUCACACACCAAUACAUCUGUGCUCAGUCGCACCAUCACGAACCUGGUGCCCUACACCAACUACAGCAUCACCAUCCUCGCCUGCACAGGAGGUGGAGGCCAUGUCGGUGGUUGCACUGAGAGCCUGCCCACAUUGGUCACAACAUUAGCCACAAUUCCACAGGGUCUGCUGUCCCUGUCGGUGGUUGCCAUCAGCGAAUCUUUCCUGGCCCUUUCAUGGCAACUGCCUUCAAGACCAAACGGGCCUAACAUAAGAUUUGAGCUGUUGAGACGGAAAACCCAGCAGCCCCUGGCCUCCCGUCCCCCUGAAGAUUUGAAUCUGUGGUACAAUGUUUACGCAGGAACCAAAUUGUUUCAUGAAGAUAAAGGCCUUAGCAGAUACACAUGGUAUGAGUACAAGCUACUGGUUCAUAAUGACGUUGGCUACACUUCAGGGGAGGUUGCCACAGGGGUUACGCUGGCUGGGCAUCCCCUCACAAGCACCAACGUGUCCAUCCAAGUUCUCAAUCAUACAGCGAUCCUGGUCAACUGGUCGACUCCCACUCUGCAAGAUUUACAGGGAAGUGUGGAGCACUACAUCCUGACGGUGCAGUCCACCCAGCACAAGCAGACCCUUACACUUGACCCUGCUGUGAACUCUGUGGUAAUUUCUGACCUCCAGCCCAGCACAGAGUACAAGCUCUCCAUGACUGUGUCCAACGGUGCUCACAACAUCACCAGCCCUGAGUUCACCUGCACUACUAAAGAUGGAGAACCUACAGGAGUCUUUCCUCCAGAGGUGGUGACCCUCAACAGCACAACAGUGAGGGUUCUAUGGGCGCCUCCUCUCGUUCCUAAUGGAGCAGUCACACAUUACUCAAUCUUUCUGGAUGGCAGUCUCUAUGAGUCCACUGGCAAUGAAUCCGGAUCUCUGGAAGUGGGAGGACUCUUGCCCUUCACUGUUCACAAUAUACAGAUGGAGGUGUGUACAGUGUACACAUGUGUGAAGAGUAACAACACUCAGGUGACCACUGUGGAGGACACACCUGCAGACAUCGCCGCACCUCAGAUUCAGGUGCUCAGCUCUAGAUCAGUUAGGCUAGAAUGGACAUCACCUGGCAAACCCAACGGUAUUCUGGGAGGAUAUGAUGUGUGGCGGAGGACUCUCCAGUGGUGUGAGGAGCUGGAGAUCCAGCAGACGUUUACUCCUCAAGCUCACUGCUCGUACCUGGAGUGCCCUGACGAGCAAGACUUCUGUGGCAAGACCUGUUAUGAACCAGAGACACAGAUAUGCUGUGCUGGUACUAUUCACAGUCUAAAGGAUUCUCAUCAGUGUUGUGAAGAGCGAUACGUGCCGGCUUUAAAGGAUUCUGGUGGUGUAUGUUGCGGGGGUCAGUUCGUCCAGCCUCUGUCUCAACACCAAUGCUGUGGAGAAUGUUAUGUACAAGUCCUGCCAGGAGAGAUCUGUUGUCCAGAUUCUUUAGAGCGUCGUGUAGCUGUAGGUCUCGGAGAUUCAUGCUGCAAUGGGAGUCCUUUUGUUUCUGGAGCUGGACAGAUCUGCUGUGGGGGACAACUUUAUGAUGGCUACAGCUCUCAGUGCUGUGGAGGACUGCUAGUCCCUAAAGGGAUGGUGUGUUGUGGGGAUGCCGACAAUGGAAUGGCUCACAAGCCCAUAUCAGGUUUCAGCUGCUGUGGAGAGCACUACAUCAACACGUUCACUUCCUGGUGCUGUGCAGGUCCCAGCGGGGAGCCUAAAGUCCACGUGAUGGAGAACAGGACGGCGUCACUGAAGUGCUGCUGGUCAGAAUUGAUUCAGCUGGAGGAGGAGUGUUGUAAUGGAGUGGGCUUCAAUCCCCUCACAUCUGUGUGUGCUGACAGAGCCCCGGCCAGCAUCCUCAUUCCGGAGAAAUGCCGCCCCAGUACGGUGUGUCCUGUGUCUGCGGCCGUGGGAGCGUAUUGUGGGUUGUGUGAUUUUAGCCCGGCGCAGUCUGUCUGUACAUGGGUACCAGGCGAGACGGUCUCCAAACACGUUUCGUCUUCCUCUGCCACUGCCAAAGAUGGCUACACCCAAACAACAGCACCCUCUGCAGCCGCCCAUAGCCAGCUCUGCCCAUCCUCAGAGGAGCUGGUCUACAGCGGAGAGGCCAACAGAUACAGUUUCACAGACAAUGAAGUGGACCCUUACACCAGUUAUGAGUACAGAAUUGGUGCCUGGAACAGCUUUGGCCGUGGCUUUAGUCCCUCUUCCCGGAUCACUACUAAAGAAGACGUGCCCUGGGGCGUAGCUCCUCCACACUGGAGCCAUGUUGGCCUUCGCGAUGACAUUAUCCAACUUGAAUGGUCAGCCCCAAACAAGCCCAAUGGUGAGAUAAGUUACUAUGUUAUCCUCCGUGAUGGACAGGAGCGUUACCGUGGCACUGAUCACAGCUUCACAGAUGCAGGCGGGAUCCGACCUUUUCAAGAGUAUAUUUACCAGCUAAGAGCCUGUACUGCAGCCGGCUGCACGUAUAGCUCAAAAGUUGUGGCAGUGACUGUCCAGGGCGAGCCAGAGGGUGUUGGCGCUCCAGUGGUGAGCGUGCUGGGGCCCGGGGCCCUGAGGAUCAGCUGGGCUGCACCGGCCAAACCAAAUGGUAUCAUCCGGGAGUACCGCAUCAAUCAGAGUGGGGUUGGAGUCAUCCAUACACAUACAGAGGGGGAAAUGGCCUACAAUGUCACAGGACUGCAGCCUCAUACCAACUACUGCUUCGUUCUGGUUGCCUGCACUGCAGCCGGCUGCAGAGCAAGUCAGCCAUCUAUGGGCCGCACGCUGGAAGAUGCACCAGCAGACGUGUGGGCAGUGCCCAGGCAUAUACAGGUCAACUCCACUGCAGUUGAGCUAUUCUGGAGCCCGCCUCUCAAACCCAAUGGCCUGCUUUCUCAGUAUCGUCUGCUGCGUGACGGAGUGGUCAUCUUAACCAGUGACGGAGGAAAGAUGAGCUACACAGACUCUGGCCUUCAGCCCAACACCAGAUACUUGUACAAGUUGGAGGCCUCCACCAGCAGCGGGAGCGGCCUCAGUGACGGAUAUGUCAUUAAGACCCCUCUCUCCUCCCCAGAAAGGAUUCCUCCUCCGUAUAAUGUCAGCCUCCACGGCCCUCGCUCCAUCUUUGUUGCCUGGUCACCCCCAGGUGUGUAUAAUUCAAGUGCACCUUUGGAAUAUAACAUCCUGCUGAAUGCAGGCACUGAGCGGCCCCUCAUCCGUCCGGCUGGACCAGAACACUUCCUGCUACUGCAAGGACUGGACCCUUACACCAACUAUCACAUUCAAGUGCAAGCAUGCCAACCAGAUGGUUGUGGUGUAGGACAGGGGGUGUCUGUUCGGACCCCUGAAGCUACUCCGUUAGCACAAGACCCACCAGUACUCACUGCUACAGGUGUGGUCAUUGUCGAAAUUCGCUGGAAUCCACCACACAAACCCAACGGCCUCAUAACUGGCUACUUCAUAUACAGGCGGCCAAUGGGAACCCAGGAAGAGCUGCUGGUCUUUAUCUGGUCCGAAGGUCCACUUGAGUUCAUUGAUGCCUCAGACUCACUUUUAGCAUUCAGCGAAUACGAAUACAGAGUCACUGCCCACAACUCUAAAGGCUCCACCUCCAGCUCUUGGACCUCCGUCCGCACUCUAGAGGCAGAACCGCAGGGCAUGGACCCACCCACGGCCCAACCUGUCAGUGCUUACGCUCUUCAGAUGAGCUGGACCCAACCCAGCAUGCCAAAUGGAGUGAUCAUCGAGUAUAAAUUGGUUUACCAGGAACUACCCAAGGAUCUGACAUUCACCUCCACAACUGUUACUGCCCUUACAGUUCUGGGCAGUGUUAAUCAGGCUCAUGUGUUUGGGUUGAAGCCAUUCACCACAUACAAUGUGCGUGUAGAGGCAGUGAAUGGAGCAGGCCAGGUGUCCAGUCUCUGGACCACUGUUAAAACCCUUGAAGCCUCUCCCAGCGGCCUGGCUAACUUUACUGUGAAAAAGAGAGAACAUGGUAGAGCUCUACUGCUAGAGUGGCCUGAACCAGCUUUUCCAAAUGGAGUCAUCAAGAUGUACAACAUCUUCAAUGAUGACAUCUGGGAGUUCAGUGGUCUUGCACGACAGUUCCUGUUCCGACGUCUAGAACCCUUUACCAUGUACUCGCUCGUUCUAGAAGCUUGCAACGAAGCAGGCUGCACGAGGACCGCACCUCAAAGAGUAACCACUGAGGAGGCUCCCCCAUCUUCUCAGCCAACCCCUACAGCACAGCAGGUCCAUGCGCGUAGUGUGGAGCUUCACUGGUCUUCACCUGCCCAACCCAACGGCAGGAUCCUGCUGUACCAAGUUCUGGCUGUAAGUCUUGAAGAAGGCAGGGUACAGAGCGAUGAAGAUGAUUCUUUGAGAGCAAAGACUGUUUUCAUUGAGAACAACACCCAAGCCAACCACUUCUCCUACAAUAUGUCUGGCCUACUGCCCUAUAGCAGGUACAAGUUUUGUGUUCGUGCUUCAAAUGCAGCAGGAUAUACUGAUAGCCCCUGGCUUGUGGUGCACACCAAGCAAGCUCCUCCAAGAGGAUUGGCUCCUCCAACUGUCAGUCAUAUAGAAGGCAAACCCAAUGAACUAUUUGUGUCUUGGACACCUCCUUUGGAGCCCAAUGGUGUUCUUCUGACCUACAGGAUUCAGAGGGACAAUGUUGGCUUCCAUUUCAGCUUCGACUCAAGUGUGUUCAACUACACUGAUGUGGAUUUAACUGCACACACUUCCUACAGCUACACAGUCAUUGCUUGCACUGUGGCCGGCUGUGUUACCAGCGAGCCAACACAGAUUAGGACAUUAGAAGCUGCCCCUGCUAAUGUGGAGCCACCUACUGUGUCUGACCUCACUUCCUAUUCCCUGAAUGUGUCAUGGGCUGUACCAUCCUUCCAGAAUGGCGAGAUCACUGUAUAUAUUCUCAAAAUCAAUGGCGAGGAGGUCUACCGUGGAAAACGGUUGAGCUUUCAGGUUUUAGAUCUACAACCACACAUUUCCUACAACCUCGUCUUAUCUGCAUGCACCAAUGGUGGCUGCACUGACAGUUCGCCCAUCUCAACCCAAACCAGUGAAGCCCCACCCUCAGGAAUGCCUGCCCCAACUCUUAAAGUCACAGGUCCAGAAUCAGUGGAGGUCACUUGGAGAGAGCCACUCAAGCCCAAUGGAGUAAUCACAGGGUACGAACUCCAUCGAAAUGGGAGCCUCAUAUACUCUGGCAUGGACACCCGUUACCAAGAUUUCACCUUACUUCCCAGCGUAGAGUACAGUUACACCAUCUCGGCCAAUAACAGUCAGGGUGCAGCUACCAGCCCAUCUGCAGUGGCCAGGACUCAGCCUUCAGCGCCCUCUGGUGUGGCCCCCCCAAGACUCCAGGCUGAGGGGCCAUUCAGCAUUAUGGUACAGUGGGACCCCCCUGCUCGACCAAAUGGGGUCAUCCUCAGCUAUUCGCUUUACAAGCGGGACCCAGCUGAGCCAAAUGUGAAAAGCUUCAUCUUUGCUUCACACCACAGUGCGUUUCAGAGCCAAAGAUUCUCGCUCACUGGACUAAAGCCUUUCUACAGGUAUGAGGUAAGGGUGGAAGCCUGCACCCUAUUAGGCUGUGCAGCGAGUGACUGGUCUUCAAUACAGACACUUGAGUCGCCCCCUACUGGCCAACCUGCUCCAUUGCUGGAGCUACAGACCAACACUAAGGGCAUACAGACUGUCUUUCUGCUGUCCUGGUCUCCUCCAACUGAGCCCAAUGGCAAACUACUGCACUAUGAACUGUACCGGAAACAGGUUUCAGACACAGAAAGCCGAUCUGCAUCUACAUUGGUGUACCGCAACUCCUCAACCUCUUGCCACGAUGACAGACUACUGCCCUACACAGCCUACGAGUACCAGGUGUGGGCCGUAAACUCAGCAGGUCGUACCGGAAGCCCCUGGGCUCAAGGUCGCACAGGUCCAGCUCCUCCAGAGGGGGUGAGCCCCCCCAAAUUCCUGCACAUCCAUGCCACUUCAGCUAUGGUGGACAUCAGCCCACCCACCAAGCCAAAUGGGAUUGUCAGUCUCUACAGAGUCUUCACACAGAACAAGGAAUCAUACCAGAUGUUGUCUGAGGGGACAUCCCACCAGCAGACUCUUCACGGUCUUACACCCUUCACAGUGUACUCUGUAGGCGUGGAGGCCUGCACCUGUUUCCUGUGCUGCAGCAGAGGCCCCUUGAGUGAGCUCCACACCAAGGCCUCUGCUCCAGCCCAGCAGACCCCACCCCGUCCUGUCGCCCUCACCUCUCGCUCAGCUCUUGUGGAGUGGGACAUGCCACUUCAGCCAAACGGCAUCAUUGAGAGCUGUGAACUCCAUGUACGAUUAGCCUGUCCUCAGCCACUGCAGCCUGUCCCGGUACCCUGUGCCAUUGGCCCUGCGGAAAUCAAGUUCUUUGGGAUGGGGCAGAGCUUUAACAUAACAGGCCUACUACCCUAUGCCAACUAUGAGCUUUGUGUGGUCUCUUAUAAUAACAUGGGCAGCACUGUGUCCGACUGGGUCUCCAUCACCACACUCAAAGAGCAACCUCAGUAUAAGGAGCCAUUUGUGGUGCACAGUAACCUCACCACAGUGUUUUUGGACUGGAGUGGCUCUUUCUCUCUGAAUGGGCCUUUGAGAGAAUACACUCUCACCGAGAACAACCUGCGCAUCUACAGCGGCUUCCACAGCUCACUACAUAUCCCACGCACCUCUGACAAAACCUUUGUCUUUCAGGUUAUCUGCACCACAGACAGCGGCAGUGCCAGCUCCCCUGUCAUUAAAUACAACACAGCCACUGGUGUAGAUGCUGUGGAGUCCAAUUCAGGAGGUAAAACAGGUUUGUAUGGGGUUGAAUACAGGUUCUACUCCGAGCUGUGGUUUAUCAUUCUCAUGGCCUUUCUGGGACUGCUGCUGUUGGCUCUGUUGAUUGGUCUGCUACUUAGAAGAGCCCUGAACAAACCCCCCUUCAUCAGAGAGAGACCUCCAAUAGUGCCCCUGCAGAGGAGAAGUACCAAGUAUCCACCUAAUGACUCCUAUCUGAGACCUUCCUCUGAGCUCUGCUCUAACCAUGCUUCCACUGCUCUGCUUCAGCCUGAUGGACUGGACAUGGGUUUGACUGACACUAAGAUCGGAGGCACCAACACCUGCAACAGCUACCAGGCCUCCAUGUCUGUGCUGCGUGUUCCCAGUCAGAGCCAGCUCAGCAAUGCCUAUUCUCAGAAUUCUUUGCAUCGGAGUGUCAGUCAGCUAAUCGACACUCAAGAUAAGAAAUCUCUGGGCGGUGAAGCGUGGAAUGCUGACCUGCAUGGCACUGACAGUGGCAUGUAUGUGGGGGAUGAUGAGUUUGUGGAGGCAAUGAAAAGCUACAGCUCGGUGAAGGAGCAGACCAUGUUUACAGACACUCACUUGUAAAGCUUUCACACAUGCACACACAUACAUUUACUUGGCUAUUUAAAUGAGGACAUACGAUAGA